AUGUCUACACCUAGACCAUUCACAGACAACGGGGCCGACACCCUGCAAGAUGUCCCCAGGAGCGAGGAGGCGAGGAACGUGAUGGGCGAGGGCACAUUCACAAUAAAGCAGGAAAAGAGGGCGACGACGAGAAAGCGAACUGGGCUCGAUGCCAUGGUGCGUGCCUACGCAAAGUACAACGUUUCGUUGCCGCCGCAACUCAAGGUCGCUAUGAAGCACGCAGACGAAGUUACCGCGCGAAAGAGAGGAAGUAUGUGGGGUACAACAUCAGCAACUCCCCCUGGUGGCUACGACUACGAAUAUGUUAGUCCCGUCAAGGUUGGCACUCCCGCACAAACCAUUAACAUGGACAUUGAUACGGGCUCCGCGGACUUCUGGCUCUUCUACUCAAAAACACCAUCGAUAUAUCAAGGUGGCCAAACACUCUACUAUCCCGAGAAGUCAUCGACUUCUAAGAAGCUGACGGAUAGCCGCUGGAGUAUCGGAUACGGUGAUGGUUCCGGUGCUUCGGGGGUGGUGUAUACCGACAGAGUUGUCGUUGGCAACACCUAUCUAAACGGCAUGUAUGUCGAGUGUGCGACAUAUGUAUCCAGCAGUUUCACAAACGAUGCUUACAGUUCUGGACUGUUCGGCCUGGGCCUAGGAGGAAACACCGUCAAGCCUACAGCACAAGGCACAUACGCACAGAAGAUCCAGAGCUCACUUGCUGCUCCACUCUUCACAGCCAAUCUGAAGAAUGGCGCCGCCGGAAACUAUAACUUCGGCUAUAUCGCCACAUUCGAGUUUCAAGGAAGGAUACAGUACUCCUAUGUCGACAAGUCGUCGAUCUACUGGAAAUUCGUCGCCACUGGCUACCGCAUUGGAACCAGCACGGCGACAUACACCACCCUUCCAUAUACCGCGAUUGCGGACACAGGGACAACGCUACUACUGCUCCCCGACAGCAUUGUCCAAGCAUAUUGGUCUAAAGUUGCCGGCGCCGCUUAUGACUCUAGUUGGGCAGCGAUUUUAUUUCCCUGCAGCAGAACCCUCCCGGACUUCACGUUUGGCAUUGGCACCUACAGAGGUGUGAUACCGGGACGAUAUAUGAACUACGGACAAGUCAACUCAUCGACUUGUUAUGGAGGUAUCCAGAGUCAAGGAACAAUUGGGUUCAGCAUUUUCGGGGAUAUUGCUCUCAAGGCGCAAUUUGUGGUAUUCGAUCUAGGGAAUAGGAGGGUUGGGUUUGCCAACAAGAAGCUUACGACAUAG